AUGCCUCGCCGCAAAGUCCACCAUCUCGCGGAGGAUCCUAUUGCUCCCGACGAGACUGCCCACGAUGGAGAUAUCGCGGAAGACGACAUCGCACGCCGACAGACGGAACCCGUUGCGCGGGAACGAGACCAGCACACACUUGCCAUGGUUCUUCAGCAUGUCGAUGCCGUACUGGAACGCUGCCUGGCUCUCCGGCAGGAUGAUGACGGCGUCGAGGCCCAUCUCGCCGCGGUGCUGCUUGCCGUCUUGCGCGCCGAUCUCCUCGACGAUGCUCUGCGCCGACUCGACGCGCGCUGGUCUGUCGGCGUUGUCGACCCCGUACACCCGCAGGCCCAUCUUGGUUGCGAACUGCAAACCCAGAUGGCCCAGUCCGCCGCCACAGCCGAUGAUGCCGAUGCGCUGGCCAGGGUAAAGUCCGGCUUUCUUGAGCGCCGCGUAGAUGGUCACGCCAGCGCACAUGAGCGGCGCGGCGUCGACGGCGCCCAUCUCGUCCGGCAAGGGGGCUACCUGCCUGCAGUCGACGACGGCAUACUCGCGGAACCCGCCGUCGAUGCCGAUGCCAUUGGUGCGGAUGCGCGGGCAGUAGACGGAGUAUCCUCUGCCGUCGCUGUCAGGACGACUCUCGUCCAGACACUCAUCACACUCCCCACAGGGAUGGAACGCGCGACUGCCGACGCCAACGCGAUCGCCGAGCCGGAAUCCCGCUGCUGCUGCGGGAGAAUCGGGGUCCUGGGGCAGCGCGACCACCGUGCCGACAUACUCGUGGGAUCCGACGUGCGGGAACGAGACCGGAUUGCCGGGCAUCUCGCCCGCGGCAAGCACGAAAUCGGUGUGGCAGUAGGAAGCGGCGUCGACGCGGAUGAGCAGGUCGUAGGGCGAGGUGAGGGUUGGAAGGGGGGCGUCUGUGGAGAGACGGUAGGGGGUGUUGUAGGCGUCGAGGAGUUGUGCUUUCAUUGUUGGGGGGAGGGCAGUCGUUGA